UAAUUCAUUAUGCUUCCUAAGUUUUAAAAUUCCUUCGCUCAAGAUAAAAAUCUAUAAACACUUAUUGAAUCAUUUAAUCAAUCUCAAAGGAACCCUGGACUUAUUUCUAGAAAUAGGAUUUCAGGUAAUUAUCAAAGCAUUCCUGGUGCAAUUAGACCUCCAACUGGUACCUAAACUUUAAGUAUAUUUCAUUCAUAAUACCAAAAGGCAUAUUCUAAGAAAAAGUUACAUUUAUCUUAUAAUCCAAUACAGCCAUCAAGUAAUUGUUCUUUUAACCAUUUAUAGCACUACAUUUAUUAAUGAUCAAUAAGACAUAAUUUUAAAAUUCUAGUUAGGUAGCAGGAUGUUGUAAAUAAUAACUCUUGAUAGGUCUUAGAAAGAAUAAAAAGAGGAUGAUUAAAAUAUGAAUCUAUACUUGCAAUAAUAAUAGCUUUAUUAAUAAUAAUAAAAAUUAAGAAUUGAUUUCAAAUUAGAAGAUACCGAUGAAAUUGAAGUUAAUGGUAAUGAUAAUGUCGUUACAAUACUUACGAAAGCUCAAAUCAAAUAGUAAAAAUCUGAAUAAACUAAAAAAUAAAUAUAAAUUCUCCAUUUAGAUAUUGCAAGUAAAAAAUAACCUUAUUAAAUAGAUAAUAAACCUGAAGGCUAAACUGUCUAAAUUUAAUUCAAAUUCUUGAAAGAAUGGUAUUUGAAAUUAGGAAACAAUCUCCAUACUGCCAAAAAAGCUCUUUAAGAAUUCUUCAAAUCCUUUUCAAUACAAAAAACUAAAUUUACAGCCUUUGAUAAUUAGGCCCCAGGUCCAGAAUAACCAAACAUCCUUUUGCAACCUGAAUUAAAUAAAAAACCAUCAAUAAAAGCCGAAGGUAAAUAGGAAACAGAAAAAAACUAGGAGGAAGUAGAAUAUCCACCUUCAAUACCUGAAAAAGAUCUUUAAAACUUAUUUCCUUCAGUAAGUGAAGAAUUUAUCUAAAGAUAAAGAGAAUCACUAGAAAAAAGUAUAAUUUUUUAACUUUGUUGUAGAAAACUGCACUACUGAAGAAAAGAUCAAGCGUCUAUUUGAGGAAGUUCGCAUUAAGCAAUUUAAAUAGCAAUCUUACAGUGCUGAAAAGAACUUUUUCAAAUGUCCUUAUCAUAAGUGUUAAAAAGGAUAUAAACGUCCUAAUUAAUUGAAAAAUCAUAUGAAAUAAAACCAUUAAAAAUUAUCAGAAAUAGGAUUCACUAUUGAUGACAAUGGAGAAUAUAAGUACAAUGAGAAAAUUCUAGAUUAUUGUUUACUUCUGUGGAAAGUAUAUCCAAACUUUGUUAAAUCAGUAAUUAAUGAAGUAUAUCAAUACAUCAAUAUAAUUUAGAUGAGGUAAAGAAAGGAAUAGCCAAGUGCAUGAAAAAUAAUAAAUAUCAUUUUUAAACUCAGAUAUAACAUCUAAUGC